AUGAGAGUCCUGGCUACCCUUGCAGGCUGGGCUUGUACCAUCCUGUGCCUGGCUUCCUGCUUGUCUGCCUUUUCCCAUGGUGCCAGCCCCAUGGCAUGUGAAGACAUGUGGCCCAGGCACAUCCAAGCUCAGCCCCAGCACCCCAGCACCUACCACGUCACCAUCCACAUCAGCAGGUCUUUCUUGCCUGCUGACAAGAUUCCAGUGUUGGUGAGAAGCAGUCGUGAUUUCAUGGGAUUUCUGCUGCAAGCUCGGACAGUGGCUGACCACCAGCUCACUGGCACUUCUGUCUUCAUUCCUCCUCAUUCUAAACUGAUGACUUGUUUUGAAGAGGCCGACACUGUCACUCGUUCUGGCAAGUCCCUGAAGAGGAACUUCUCAUUCAUGUGGAAGGCCCCUGUCCAGCUUCUGGGAAUUGCUGCUUUCUGUUUCUGCAGUUUAUCGGUUGUCCGGUCGUAUUUUGUUUACUGGACCAGGAUUGAAUCAUGUGUUGUGUCUCAGCAGACACACAGCAGAAGCUCCUCUGCCGACCUCCACCACACGCAGCCCAGGUCACCAGCGCUAACCCCUUGGCACAGGUAUCUUCAGACCGCCACUUGGCUUCCACAGAAAUGCUCAGAUGUCUUUGCUUUUGCAUCAGGAUCUGCAGAUGAGGACAUGCCAGACUCUGUUCUUGCUAAUAUUAAGGUGACAAAGUUGCCUGAGGAUGCAGAGACUCUGUCUCUAACACCUUCACACACAUCUACUGUAAGCAGCAAUGGUCAGCAACCCAGUGGAGAGAGUAACCCAACCCUAGAACCAUCCCUGGAUAUCCACAGGCUGGAGAGGCUUGUGGCCCUCAGGAAAACUUCCCCAGAGGGCUUUGUCUCCAGCCCAAGCACCCAGCAUAGGACUCAGGGUGCUAUAAACUUUAAUUCUUUGGAAACUUGUCUGUCCUUGGAUAAAGGUGAACAGGAAAGAAUGUGUGCUGGGGAUGGGGUUGAGGAUAAGAUGACAGCCUCUAACAGGUCCAUGAUGGAGCCUACCCUGUACCCUGACCGUCUUUCUAAGCCUCAGCACCUCUGGUUCCCUGAAGCGUUCACUAGGAACAGGGCCUGGGUAGCCAACCCAACCCCUGACUUCCACACCUCUGACAUUUCCAGGAGCCAGUCAGAGGCAUCAAAGCUCUCCGCCAGCUUUUCAUCUGAGUCCAGAGUAGAGGAGAGGACUGCGAAGGGUGGCAUGGGAUACUUUAGCAAGACCAAACUAAGGCCUGAAAUUGGACUUGAGGGAGUCAGUGCCUCUUUGGAGCUCCAUCUCAGGUCCUCCCAGCUCGGACUCCUGAUUUGCCUUUCGGCUGCCCUGGGCAUGGCCCUGGCUGCUGGCCUUUGCUACCCGCAUACUCAGUAUUGCCACAAGCGGAGAGAGGUGUCCUUCAGCGAACCUCCUACGGAUGCUGUUGCCAGGAGUGACGCUGGGGAAAUGCGUGUCAGGAAGGUGGAGGGAAGCAGUUUUGUCUUGGUUCAAGCAGGGCUUUCUCCUUCUAUGGGGAGUAAGAAAACAGUCCUCUGA